AUAGCGGCCAUGGCAGGACAGUUGUAUCCGUCGCCGGCUCGUACCCAGCUCGAUUCCGAGCUCUCGCUGGACGACCGCACUGCGGCAGAGAUCCUCACAAGCCACACCGUGGAAAUAACGAAAGCCGUGAACCUAAACAAUCUGCGCCCUUAUCUGAUCGGGAACAGAUGCGUAACGCUGUCUGAAUCGAGGCAGCAACUGAAAUCGGCCUCAGACACCGAUACUGUCAUACAGUUUAUUGAAAUCGUCUCUAAGCGAGGAAUCUCCGCUUUCCGCGGCUUUCUAAAGGCAUUGGAGCAGUACACGACCGAUGAACCGGGCGAAGGUGCUCUCAUCGAGCUGUUGAACAACCUGAGAGACGAUGCAGCUAGCAAACUACCUACAGCCCCACAGAAUGAGCCAGUCAUUGUCGUACAACAAACCCCAGCAGAAACAAUUGAGGAGGAUCCCGAGACAGAGAGCCAGGAUGCUCCAUUGCCUUCUAAUGAACAGGGGCAUCCCAAUGAGAUAAAAGACAUCCCUGGAGUACCGAGACUGCUUAUCUGUUUCCUUCAAAUUGCUGGAAUUGGUAUGGUUAUAUUUUCGAGUCCCUCUCACCAUUGCUGGAUUUGUGAUCCUUGCCUUCAGUUUGCAGGAGUUUGCAGGUCAACUUGGGUGUAAAGUUGGUAUCAGUCAUUCUCUGAGUGUCUUCAACUCCUUUUUUGCUAUUCUCUGCUUUGGCGGUCCUACACUUCUUGUUCUCUUCAUCCUAUACUUCAAGUUUGAAGACCACAAGGCUAAAUGGCCACAAAAGCACCAUAUUACGAGAUGUGUUGUGUGGGCACAGGCACUUGUCUUUCUAAUGGUGUUCAUCCUCAUAGUAUUUGAACUGCUCUACUCUCUUCUCUACGUCAUCCCUGAAGUAAUCAACAACUACAACCAGUGGCAAGAAACAAGGAGAACAAAUGAAACCAUCUGCGAUAAUCAGAUCUAUCUGACUUCACUCUCAAUUGUUGUCGUUGGCUAUUCGGUUGUUUUCAUUCUGCUGGUUGUUUUGGGGAUUUUUCUGGCAAAUCACUAUUUCAAGUGGGUCAAGGAUAAGAAACAUCCUGGUGUCAUGAUGAAAGUCAUCUAUUUAUGUCUUGGACGACGAGAUGAAGAUAUCAGUGCGUAGUAGUUAUAGUAGUUAGUUUGCAAUGAUUGUCUUAUGGUUUGGAAGAUAGCCAUCACAAUAUCUUUUUAUCUAGUUCAUUCUACCACUUCAUUUGUAUUGAAAGUGUUGACUCAAAGUUAA